AGGAGGCCCCCAAGAGAGUCCUAGAGAUCCCCCCGUAGCCUCAAUCAAGGUCCACUCGCAAGCCUGCUCGAACUGCUGUGCCUCUCGCCAGUCUUCGCACUUGCACGAAGGAUGCCCAGCCCAUCGAGUGCCCUCCAGCGGUUCGAUGCCAUCGGCCGCCCGGUGUCCAUGCUAUUGUCAGUCGCCGUGAUCGUAGUGGCCUACAGGGCGCUUCACAUGACCCCUGCGACAUACAGCACGUGGGAUGACAGAUGGUGUCAUUUCGGGAUCGCCAGCGAGCCCGACUCCCAAUUUCAGGGGAGCUUCGCCGCCAGCCUGGAUGCGACAUUUGAAGCUGAGUGGGAUUUGAUCGAAGGCAGCGAGGUCGAUUGCUUCCCGUCCUUGAAUGAGACGAAGGUACUUGCAGGCCGCCGAGACGUUGUGUUGUCUCUCCGUGCCAGCGAAUACAUCGACAGUGGCUUCGUGUGGUUCUUUGCCAUAAUCACCUGGGUCCUGCUCAAGCUCUUCCUUCCGCUUGUACUCUAUAUCCGCGAGAAGGACACUUGUUGCAAUGCUUGGUGCAGCGAGCUGAAGAGUAGGGACCCAGCGAGCCGAGGAUUCUGGGAUGCGGUAGGUAUCUACAAGAAUUUGUGGACGACGUUUCUGCCAGGCAUGAUUUUGGCACCACUCUCAUCGGUGAAGGUCCACUCAGUCGACCUCGAGGAGGAUAGCCUCCGUAUCGCGACCCUGUGCGCCGAGUCCGAGUGGUUUGCGUCCUGCGUGUUCAUGCACCUCUUUUGGAUCAUACUGUUCAUGCUUCUCGGGCAGUUCUGUGCAACACCUUGUGGGCUGUGCGUGCUCGGCGUGACGAAGGCUGGUGAGUGUUGCACGGGCUUGGAUAGGGCCUAUCUCGAAAGCAUAGUGGGCCUCGGGAUCUUUGCAGGCAUCACUGGCUUGCACUACCCGAUCAUGUGGAUGAUACUCAUGAGCAAUUGUGGAGUCAAACUUCUCCUGGCCUUCGACAUUAGUCUCAUUUUCGAUGUCGACGUCCGGAACAGCCUGUCGGCAUGAACUUUCGCCCUCCGCUGGCUGCUUCUGGUGUCCUUCUUCAUGGAGGUGUCCCUUCUUGCAGCGAAGAUGGUUAUCGCCCGGCCGUGGGAGCGCUUCAGCAAGUUGGCUGACGGGGCCCCGAGUGUGUCUCCCACGAUUGUCGGUGCGCCCGAGGUGUGGACGAAUCCUCGUGGUGGGCAGCCGCCGAUGCCUCGCGUCGUGAACAUUAUGGUGCCUCGGGGCGCGCAGCCGGGGCAGGUGAUCCAGGCAUCGGCGCCCGACGGCGCGCGCGUGCAGGCGACGAUUCCUGCCGGGCUUCGGCCGGGUGACACUUUCGGGGUGAGCUACUGACGCAGCGUCGCUGGCAUCUGCGCUUGGGCUCGUCGCGAGCCACCCGUCCGACGGUUCGCGCGUGCAGGCGACGAUUCCUGCCGGGCUCCGGCAGGGCGGCACUUUUUCAGGAGCAGCUAUCGGCGCAACGUCGCUGGCAUCUGCGCUUGGGCUCGUCGCCUGCCUUUUCCAUCAUGGCCAGUCUUGCACGAGCACUCCGUGGAGGGGCACGACAAUACAUACGCCUUCCGGAAUACAUUGACACAUCCUAGGCCAUGGCCUAAUGGCCUCACACACCUGGUCUUAGCAGGUCCGGGCAACUGUCCGCUGUGGUCGUUCGUUCGUUCGCUCGUUCGCUAGUUGGCGCUAGUUGGCGUUAAUGCAGCGAUGGAGGGAGGGCCCUAUGCAGUCGCCCGUUCUACUUGCAACUGGCAUCCUAACUGCUGCGCGGCGUCGUUGCGCUUGACUUUGGAGGGAUGUGUUUACUUUGUGCGGCUACGGGGUGGAGCCACGUGCGCAUGGACUUUUUGGAUUUAAUCGCCUCGUUCACUCCGUCCAAGUUUUUAAUUCAAAUUGCACGGAGUUUUUGAAAGGCGGCGGAAGAGGGUUGGGAAGGGCUGUGGAGUUAGUUUUCCUGGAAUUACGCAGGGCAGCCGCUCUGGAGGCCACAGGGCACCAUCCCGUGGCAGCAUGCUUGCGCUCGGGCCGCAUGGUUACAUUCCGUAGCUCGAGUUUCGCUCGCCGUGCGUAA